AAAAGAACAUUUUUGGGUUGACUUCCUCUUUAAAUGCUGAAGGCUGCUCCAAUCCCUGACAUACAAGAGUUUGUCAUGAACAUUUAUCCAAAUGGAGCAAUAAUGACACAUUUAGCAGCACUCUCCUCCCCGCUUCCUUUUUUGUCUUCUUCUUAUUUAUUCACAUUUUCUAUACCGGCGCUCUCAUUGUAUGGCUUUGAGAAUUCCUAAUACACUCACGUAUGAUUGCGUUAAGAGAGUUGGAGAGAAAGGGAGAGUGGGGAGAAGGAGGAGGAGCAGGAGGGGAGGGGGGGUAAGCGGGUGAGGCGGUCUACAGAGCGUUCACUUUGUCGGCGUCGGAGCAAACCCACAGCAUCCGCGCAAGGAGACAUACCGAGGAAUAAUGCCGCUCUUUCAUUUUGCGCUCCCCUGAAACUAAUUGUUGCUUUUGAUACCACCCCCACCCCUCUCCCCGCCACCCCCACCUUGCAAGCUUCUAUCACAUCUCUGCAGCAGCCUUCACUGCCGAACCCCCAGCCCUUUUUUUUUUUUCCUCCUCCCCGUUGCAUCGAGAGGUGCCAUCGUCAAAACCGGAGCGUGCGGCGUGCAUGCACGGGGCUCAUCUGGGCUGCUUGCACAGCGCCGCCGUGCACAGUCAUGUGCGGGGGAUUCAACACCUGAAGGGACGUUCUUUUUCUUUUUUUUUUUUUUCUUCAGUCCAUAUGAAGAAUUGCUAAAAAAAAAAAGAAGCCCGGAAGGAUUUCGGCAGAGCGGUAGUCAGAACCUCUCCAAUGACACGCCACUUAUCAAGACUGUUGCGGGUGUAUGUGUACGCUCCGGUGGCUUGAUUGAUAGCAAGUCCCGACGGCGCAACAAAGUUCUUCCAUAUUGCCUGAAGAUGCAACUGGAAUCUCAAUGAUGUUCCGGACCCAGAGUUCCUCAUCAGAAUGACAUUUGGUUGAAGCGUCUGUUCGAUACUCAGAAUCCACUGCCCCCCCCCAUCCCCCUCUUUUGUGUGUUUUUUUUUUUUUUGCAUUACAUAUCUGCACCAGCUUCCCCUCUCAGCCGCACCGGGUUUUUUUUUUUGGGAUCCGGUUACGGGGAGAUGGCCGCGAUCGCCAGCUCUCUGAUCCGCCAGAAGCGCCAGGCGAGAGAGUCGAACAGCGACCGGGUGUCCACCUCCAAGCGUCGCCCCAGCCCCAGCAAGGACCCCCGUUCGCUGUGCGAGCGUCAUUUUUUGGGGGUUUUCAGCAAAGUGCGCUUCUGCAGCGGCAAGAAAAGACCCGUGCGCCGGCGACCAGAUGCACCCUCGAAACCUCCACAGGUGUCCCAUAAGGGCUGCAGGCUAGAGCCACAGCUGAAAGGCAUCGUGACACGACUGUUCAGCCAGCAGGGCUUCUACCUGCAGAUGAAGCCGGACGGAACCAUUGAUGGCAGCAAGGACGAGAACAGCGACAACACCCUGUUUAAUCUGAUUCCCGUGGGUCUGAGAGUGGUGGCCAUCCAGGGAGUGAAGAGUGGCUUCUACAUCGGCAUGAACGGCGAGGGCAUGCUCUACAGCUCGGAAAUGUUCACGCCGGAGUGCAAAUUCAAGGAGUCCGUUUUCGAGAACUACUACGUGAUCUACUCGUCCACUGUGUACCGACAGCAGGAGUCGGGCCGGGCCUGGUUCCUCGGCCUCACCAAGGAGGGUCAAGUCAUGAAAGGCAAUCGGGUGAAGAAGACUAAACCUUCUUCUCACUUUGUACCCAGGCCCAUUGAAGUCUGCAUGUACCGCGAGCCGUCGCUGCACGAGAUCGAGGACAAGCACCGCUCCCGCAAGAGCUCAGGAACUCCCACCAUGAACGGAGGCAAAGCAGUCAACCGGGACUCCUCAUAGCAAUGAACGGGAGGGGCUUCCGCUGAGAGGCGUGGCCUGAAUGGGAGACCUGAGGAAACUUUCAGCCCCGCCCCAAAACGAAUGCACCAUCGCUUCCUCGAUGAAAUAGUGUCGCCAUGGUGACGAUCGAGGAGCUCUUACUGUACCCACAUGACAAGACGGGACAAACUCUGAACUCUUGCCUGUGAAGAAACUUUUAGAAGAAUUACUACGACACAGACGAAAACCCACUCUCUCUCUAUAUAUAGUUAUAUCUAUAUCUAUAAACAUUUCCAAUCAGGACUUGACUGAUAUUUUAUGCAAAAAAAAAAAAAAAAGAGCUAUGAUACGCAAUGGAUCAGAGUCCUCUCCUCACAACAAAUAUCUCUCAUUUCCAUAGGAAAAAAAAAAAGCUUUAAUACGUGCUCACUUUUCAUAUGCAUUAUUUUCUAAAUGCUAUCUUGUGUUCGAUUUGCCAAUAAUCACAAAUCCAUCAACACACCAAUGUGCUGUGACCGCGAGUGUAACAACUUAUUUAAAAAAAAAAAAAAAAAAAGAA